UCGUUAGUUAAAAUGGUUUGCAACGUUAUAAUAUCAUCCAAACGAAAAACGCAUAUGUGUUUCAAUGAGAUAGAACCUCAACAUCUACUGGCAUGUUGCGCUGUGUAGUCUGGUAGAAGUGUACCGACGUUUCAGAGGUGCUUGCUGCCUCCAUCAUCAGUGCGUUGACUCCCAGAAGACAGUCAUCUUCAUACUCGCCGCUAAUAGAACAUGAAAUAUCGCCUGACGUGAUGUUUACAAUGCCAUAUUUGAAAAGUUGUAGCCCUAAUAUUUGUUUCAUGUUUGUAAAAUGUUGUAAUUAAACAUAGACCUAAAAUAUUAACAUUACUACAAUCUCCAGUACAACCAAAAUAAUCAUUAGUUUCACUCAUGGCUAUAGAAGUAUGUUCUCCUUCCCAACCUAUGCAAAUUAAUUGAUAGCGAUGCCGAAGUCUAUAAAGAAAGAACUCUCAAAGAAAAUACUGCAUCCAAAAAGUCGGAAGGCAGUAAAGCUAACGAAGCAAACCAAAAAGAUUACAACACGUGAGAAAACUAAACUUAUGCAUCACAUGAAGCAGAACUUGAUUGGAGAAAAGUUCCUGUGGUUUCGAGAUCAUUUGGUGCCUGAUAUCACAAAGUAUACGCCUGAACUUAUUUUGAUCAUAAUUGAACUAUAUCUUGGUAGAUUUAAAGAAGAAUUGGAACAGAUUAGUUUAAAACACUCAAUUGGAAAUCGCAAAAACAGACAACAUGCAAGCAGAGAAGAUAUCAUACGUCUCACUCUCUUGCGUGAGGAAGAGGAGUUUGCUACGUGUGGACUGGAAAUUCCAGAUGUUACAAUUCCUAAACAGUUGGAAAUGCUUCGAAAUUGGGAUGGGGAGUUGCGUUUACUGCAAAACUUCAAGUUGAGGAGGUUUAGUCGUAAGAGCCUUCGGGAUCUUGUCACUUGCCCAAAGCUCAAUGAAGAGGAAUUAGUUAUAGAUGAUAAUGUUGCUGUGAAGAGUGCUCUGUCUGUGAAGGCACCCAUUGUACAGAAUAAGGAAUCUAACCCACAAAAUGUUGUCAAAUCAGAUGUUAAUGAGACUCCAGUAAUCCUGGAGAGCGAAACACGUGAACUAACAGUUGCUGAUAGUAUGGAUAUCGACAGCAAAUAGUGCCAGAUUCAGUAAUAAAUUUAUUUAAUUGUU